CUGUUCAGAAACCGAAAACUCACGAGUUUCAAAUCUCAGGGUAAGUCAACUCAGAGUUUUAAUUAGUUUGUUGAACCUCCUUUCUGGAAAACACCCGCAGAUCUCUACAUCAUAAGCAUCGCCGUCAGACCCGCUCAAUAGAUUGCAACUUCAGUCGAUCCGGUCAUCAUACAGAUCGAUGACUUCUGCGCGCGGAUCCAGACGAGAGACGUGCUUCCUACGAGACUCAGCAAUGGAUGUCAGUCGCGGUGUUAAAACGGCUAGAGAGUGGCUCGGAGUGUUUUGCACUCUUCUAUUACUCACCGAGUCGGUUCUGUGUGACGGUGCAGACUGGAAGAAGGAGCAGGAGUGUUAUAAUUACGCCGGAGGACACGUUUAUCCCGGAGAGGCUUUCCGCGUCCCCGUCUCUGAUCAUUCCCUUCACCUGAGCAAAGCAAAAAUUUCAAAACCAGCUCCGCACUGGGAAGGAACAGCUGUGAUCAACGGCGAGUUUAAGGAGCUGAAACUGUCCGAUUACAAAGGAAAAUACCUGGUUUUCUUCUUCUACCCUCUGGACUUCACGUUUGUGUGUCCCACUGAGAUCAUCGCCUUCAGUGAUCGGGUGCAUGAGUUUCAGGCCAUCAACGCAGAGGUGGUCGCCUGCUCGGUGGACUCUCAGUUUACACACCUGGCCUGGAUCAACACGCCCAGGAAACAAGGAGGUCUCGGACCAAUGAAGAUCCCUCUUCUUUCUGACCUCACUCAUCAGAUAUCCAAAGACUAUGGUGUGUUUCUUGAGGAUCAGGGACACACGCUCAGAGGACUCUUCAUCAUCGACGAUAAAGGUGUCCUCCGACAGAUCACCAUGAACGACCUGCCGGUGGGACGCUCUGUUGACGAGACCCUCAGGCUGGUGCAGGCCUUCCAGUACACCGAUAAACACGGAGAAGUGUGUCCUGCUGGAUGGAAGCCUGGCAGUGAUACGAUUAUCCCGGACCCUUCAGGAAAACUCAAGUACUUUGAUAAACUCAACUGAGCGUAAUGUUUCACUACACGUUUGUUCUGAGGACUGUUUUUGAAACGCAGAAUAAAAGGAGAGUUUUGAUAAA